AAUUGUUGCAGGGAUGGCAGACUUCCAGUAUCUUGCAGUGCAUUCAGCAAAGGACGGCUCACACACAUCCCUCUACGAUAAGAUCAUCUUGCGUAAACCAGAGAAUAAUGAGUUCUUUGAGCAGCCUGUGCCCCUCUUCCUUCCUCCACCCAUCUUCUCUCGCCUGGACAGUGCUGUGGACUAUAACUACCGACCUGAAAUCCAACACAAAGAAGGCCAUUGUCCCCCAACAGUCUCCAGGGAUAAUCUGAUUGGUUUGAGUCGAGCCCGUCGGCCUCAUAAUGCCAUCUUCCUCACUUUUAACGACCAGAACAUCCCCACGGAGCCCAUGGAGGCUGCCAAGGUCAACUGGAAGAGAGUGUGUGUUCACCCCAGUGACAUAAAGGCAGAGGAACAACUGAAGGAGAUGUUUGAGAGCCGGCCCAUCUGGUCCGGGUACGCGGUCAAGGCCAACCUGGACCUCCACCCUGAUAAACUGAAGCUGCUGCUCCCUAUCAUGGCCUACUAUAUGCCCUGCUCCUGGCUCAGCAUAAGGAACGUGAUCAGUCGGAACGAUGGCCAGGAGGAGGAGUGUGACGAGAGGGAUGGCUGGUGUCUGUCCCACACCUCUGAUGACCUCAGAGAUAUCAUGUCCUCUAUGAUCAAGCAGGUUAUCCGUGCCAAGAGGUCAGGUGAGACCUCUCUCUCUAACACUGYUGCAGCAUUAACCUAUGAUCGACCUGGCAGAGUUUGA